CAUUUUCCAAGCAGAGUGAAUGAAAUUAAAAAAUCUGAACAGAAAGCCAAAAAUUGACGAAGAAGAAAUGAGCAGAGCCAUAAACUAAAACUAAAACAUUGCUCCACGUCACUACUCUUCUCCUCUCAUCAUCCAUGGCCAUGGCGGUUUCAGGGUUGAGAAGUGGCACUUUACCAUUGGUUCAUCAUCAUCAUCACCAUCAUCUUCGUUUCCCAUUCGCACCUCCUUCCUUCAUCAAGCUCAAUGUUCAUUCCAAGUCAAAGGGAUUCACUCUCUUCGCUCGCUAUGCUCAAACUCAGGACCUUUUCUCCUCUCGUCGAUUCCAAGAUAGUAUUGAAAAGCUGCCCAAGCUUGUGGAGGACAUUGUCCAGACAUCUGUGGACACAGGUCCUAGGGGUGUUCUUAGGUUGGCUCAAGGUGUUCAAGCCUUUCUUGGGGUUGGUCAAGAGUGGUUAACUGAUGUAUCAAAGUCAACAAAUUCAUCUGCUGGGUUACCGACAGAAUUGCAACUUGGUCUACUGUCCCCCUUUUAUUUGAGGAGGUUGUUUGAACGCCUUGGGGCAACCUACAUCAAAUUAGGACAGUUCAUAGCAUCCGCACCAACACUGUUUCCAGCUGAGUAUGUACAAGAGUUCCAGAAUUGCUUUGAUAGAGCUCCUCCGGUUCCUUUUGAGGAAAUUCAAUCCAUAUUGCGUAAGGAACUAGGAAAACCAAUAGAAAGUGUUUAUGAAUAUGUCGACCCAACACCCCUUGCUUCCGCUUCUAUAGCACAGGUAUAUUUGUACACCUAUCUAUCUCUUCCAAUAACUAUUAAACUUACUGUGGCUGCUAAUGCAAUUGCUGUAUAUUAUAUAAAGGUUCAUGGUGCAAGGCUAAAAGGCUCACAGGAGGAUGUGGUUAUAAAGGUCUUAAAACCAGGAAUAGAGGACAUAUUAGUUGCAGAUCUUAAUUUUGUUUAUGUUGUUGCUCGGUUAAUUGAGUUUUUGAAUCCUGAAAUAAGUCGGACAUCACUGGUUGGAAUUGUGAAAGACAUACGAGAAUCUAUGCUUGAAGAAGUUGACUUUUACAAGGAGGCUGCAAAUAUUGAGGCUUUCAGGAGAUACUUAGAAGCAACAGGACUCACUGGGCAAGCAACAGCCCCAAAAGUGUAUCAAUACUGCAGUACACGGCAAGUUUUAACCAUGCAAAGACUAUAUGGAGUUCCUCUUACUGACCUAGACUCUAUUAGGUCAUUAGUUACUAGCCCAGAAAGCAGCCUUAUAUCUGCUCUCAAUGUGUGGUUUGGAAGUUUGCUUGCAUGUGAAUCUUUUCAUGCAGACGUACAUGCUGGAAAUCUGUGGCUUCUACGUGAUGGCCGUAUUGGAUUUCUUGACUUCGGAAUUGUUGGUCGUAUAUCUCCCAAAACAUGGGCUGCUAUGGAAGUCUUCUUAGGAUCAAUUGCUAUUGAAGAUUAUGACUCGAUGGCAUCUUCCUUAAUUCAAAUGGGUGCUACAAGCAACAAUGUUAAUGCUAGUGCCUUUGCCAGAGAUUUGGAGAAAGUGUUCUCAUCAAUUAAGGAGUUGGACACUGAAAUAGUUAUAGCAGCUAGAAGUGGAACAGCGAGAAAUCCAGCUGCUAUCGCUGCUAAUGUAGUUGUUGAUGAGAGGCAGAUGAAUGCACUAUUUCUCGAUGUGGUUCGUGUUAGUGAAUCUUAUGGAUUAAAGUUUCCUCGAGAAUUUGCGCUGCUCCUAAAGCAACUCUUGUAUUUUGACCGGUACACACGGUUGUUGGCUCCCAAUUUGAACAUGCUUCAGGAUCAGAGGAUUUCUAUUGCUUCCAAUAAAAGAAGCAACUAUAGAGGAAAUUAAUAAUAAGUCAGUAUAUAAGAAUAUAAGAAAUAUAGAUGUACUUAAUUUUAGCUCAAAAGAUUUUAUCUAUAAUGUUACUUUUGUAUAUAUAUAAAUGAAAUACGCCAUUGUUGUAGUAAGCCUGACUUUGGAUGUUCCUAGAAUUAGUGAAGUCAACAUUCCUGAUU